AUUUUUUGAACUGUAUUUUUUAUGUAAUUAUAAAUAGGUUUGUAGGAUGUUGGACCUUUUAGUAAAACGUUGAGUGGCGGCGGGCGGGAGGAAGAAACACACUAAUAUGCAUUGGUAACACUAAUUGUUCACUAGCCAGCACAAGUCUUUGAAUAAGGAAUCUUUGGCAAUCGAUUAUAUGUGGUGGAUCGUUCCUUCUGCUUGACAGUGAUUACAUUUAUUGUUUAAAACAAUCGCAAGUCUUGCUACGUGUGACGGAGCAGUAUUAUGACCAAAUCUCAAUCUGUUUAUUGUUGUUAUGAAAUCUCGACUUUCAUUAGUUUUCAAUUUGUCAUACCAUGGUUUAAUAGGUAGGUUAUCUUGUAUACUUCCAUACCACUUUUCCUUGUUUUCCUGAUCGUCCUUCCACAUUCCCGUCCACAGAGUGUAAAUGUUUUCCUUAAUAUAUGGGUAGAAAAGAUAAAUAAUAUUCACAGAUAUACUAGUGUAAUGUCAUAGUCAAUUAUUAUUUAUUUAAGUUUUAUGGACUUCUAGAAUACAACAAGCCUUAAUAGUAACUGAAACUGAAUAAAGAUUUAAAUUUUAGAGUAUAAACUGUAAAGUGACUAAUGUGGACUAUGGUUGCAAUAUAAGCUUAAAAAUAAAAUUUUAAUGAAUACACUCUGUUAAAAUAUCAUAUAUUUAUAAUAUGCUUUUCUUGUGAUCAAGUUAGUCCUACAUUACUUUUGUGUUUAUUACGUUUUUAAUAUAACUUUUCUACUGUAUUCCUAACUAUUGGAUAGUACUUAAUACAUCUGUAGAUAAUAAACUAAGAACACUGAACAAUGCGUUAUGCGAUUGCCAAAAAAUACACACAAGCAGCUCUGGCAGUGGCACUGUAGAUACCAAAUAUAAAAGCUUAGUAAUAAAUAACAUUAUUAAUUACUUACACAUGUGAAAUGAAACGAUGUGGAUGGGUUAAUAAUGAUCCUUUGUAUAUUAAUUAUCAUGACAAUGAAUGGGGUGUACCCGAAUUACAUAGUCAAAAACUUUUUGAACUCCUAUGCUUAGAAGGGCAGCAAGCAGGAUUAUCAUGGAUAACAAUUUUAAAGAAAAGAGAAAGUUAUAGACAGCUGUUUCAUAACUUUGAUCCCUAUCAAAUUGAAAAAUUGGAUGAUAAAUGUGUUCAAAGUAUUUUAAGUGACACAAGUAUAGUGAGGCAUAAAGGUAAAAUUCAAGCUAUCAUCAACAAUGCAAAAUGUUAUAUAGAUAUGGAGUCAAAUAAAGAAAGCUUUUCGGAUUUUAUUUGGAAAUUUGUCCAUUAUAAACCAAUUAUUAACAAUUGGACAUCUGAUAUGGAAGUUCCGACAGAAACAGAGGUUUCAAAAGAACUUUCAAAAUCAUUAAAACAGAGAGGUUUCAAAUUUGUUGGCUCUAUAAUAUGUUAUGCUUUCAUGCAGGCUAGUGGUCUUGUUAAUGAUCAUAUUACUGAUUGUAUUUGUAGAAAAAAAACAUAGUCAUACUUUCAAUUAAA